AUGUUCGUCCUUGCACGACCGAGGCGGCCCUGGCGACCAGGCCUAGUCCAGAUUCUCAGAAAGCGAUGUUUUGCCGUGGUAGCUGACAGCCCAAGGCCGUUUGAUGUCAUUGUCAUCGGUGGAGGACAUGCCGGCGCCGAGGCCUCCGCGGCUGCUGCGAGGUUGGGCGCGAGGACUGCACUCAUCACCCCUAAAAUCGACAACUUGGGAGCUUGUUCCUGCAACCCCAGCUUCGGGGGCAUCGGGAAAGGCACAAUACUUCGUGAAAUCGAUGCUCUCGACGGGCUAGCAGGCAGGAUUAUCGACAAGGCCGGCGUUCAAUUCCACGUCCUGAAUCGUAGCAAGGGCCCGGCUGUGUGGGGCCCACGCGCGCAAAUAGACCGGAAACUUUACAUGAAGCACAUGAGGGAGGCCCUGGAAACGCACGAAAACCUUUCCAUCGUUCUUGGGAGCGUGUCCGACCUGACACUAUCGAAGCUCGACAUUCCCACUGGAGAUGGUGCCAUGAGCGCUGUGACCGGUGUGCGACUGGACGGUGGCCAGACCUUGUCCGCCGGCAGAGUCAUCAUCACCACAGGUACAUUCCUUGGCGGCGAGAUACAUAUCGGCCUGCAGAGUUACCCUGCUGGCCGUCUUGGUGAGGCGGCCACGUUUGGGCUGGCCAAGUCUCUUCGAGAUGCCGGGUUCUGGCUGGGCCGGCUGAAAACAGGCACGCCGCCGCGGCUAGACCGUGAAACCAUUGAUUUCAAGGUGCUGCAGACACAGCUGGGGGACGAUCCGCCCAUGCCGUUUAGCUAUCUCAAUAGCAGCGUGGCGGUCGAGAAUCAGAUGACGUGUAGCAUCACGCACACCAACGUGGCGACGCACCAGAUUGUGAGGGAAAAUCUUGACAAGACUAUUCACAUACGCGAGACGAUCAAGGGUCCAAGAUACUGCCCGUCGCUGGAAUCCAAAGUUCUCCGCUUCGCGGAAAAGGAGCGCCAUAUCGUCUGGCUGGAGCCAGAGGGAUUCGACAGCCCAGUCAUCUACCCCAACGGACUAUCGAUGACCAUCCCCGUAGAGGCACAAGAGCAAGCGCUUCGCACGAUCCGUGGCCUCGAGCAGGUCAAGAUGCUACAACCCGGCUAUGGUGUAGAGUACGAUUACCUGGACCCCCGCGGCCUCAAGUCUUCGCUUGAAACCAAGGCCAUCUCUGGGCUCUACUUCGCAGGGCAAAUCAACGGCACGACGGGGUACGAGGAAGCCGCCGGGCAAGGCAUUGUUGCGGGAAUCAACGCAGGGCGGGCCGCCACGGGACUGCCGGCUGUAUCGGUGUCCCGAUCGGACGGCUACAUUGGCAUCAUGAUCGACGACCUGAUUACCAAGGGUGUGACUGAGCCGUACAGGAUGUUUACGUCGCGUAGCGAGUUUCGCAUGGCCGCUAGAGCCGACAACGCUGAUGUUCGGCUGACAGAAAAGGGGAGAGAUUGGGGUGUCGUCUCAGACAAGCGCUGGAGCGCGUUCUGUGAUGAGCGGCAGCAGAUUGGCGACCUGAUCAAUAUGUUGAGCAAGAUAACGUUGACACGAGAGCAGCUGCAGGAGAUGGGAUUCAUACUGAAGAGUACCUCUCGGCGCCGCACCGGGCUAGACAUGCUUCGACUGUCCAGCUCCAACUCACGUGCCGGCGAGCUGGACCGUCUCAUCUCCCUCCGUCCCGAUCUUGUGGCAUAUGGGCCGCGCAUCAGGGAUCGAGUUGUUGUUGAGGCGUCGUACGCCCCUUACGUGAAAUUACAAGAAGCACAGCGCGGACAGCUCACCGGGGAUGAAAAUAUUCGGAUCCCACUGGAUCUCGAUUAUAGUCUGAUUCCUGGCUUGGCCUUGUCUGAGAAGGAGGUGCUUAUGGCAACCAGACCAGAAACGCUCGCACAGGCCAGGCGCGUCGAAGGUGUCACUCCGUCGGGCUGCCUCCGACUACUGGCCGACUUCGGGUGCGUUGGCUACGGCCAUGGCUACGGCCAUGGGGGGUCUGACUUGGCUUGGGUGCUGGACGGGCAGUCUCAGUCCGAAAUUUAG